GUAAGGAGCGUGAAUACUAUUUGAUUCACACACCUGUGAUCUUUAUCCUUUUAUUGUAAUUGAUUUUCAGUUUCUCCUUUGAAAUUCAAAAGCAUUCUAUUAGCUUCAUCUUGAAAAGAAACCUAAUAAUUUUUUCCACCGGUGCAGUGUUUUUUCAUAAGACAAAAAGAGGGAAAUUGAAUGGAUUGCUCAUCAAAUUUCCAUUAAUAUUCUUUCUCAGUUCCUCGAAUUUCUCUAAUUCAUGGCAUUACUUCGUCAAAAACUGUCACCUAUUGUUCUCUCAUCAUCCAAAAUUUCUCUCUGCUUAUCCAUACGAAAACUCAUCUCAACUCCAGUUGCAGAUGAUCUUAUCAACGAUGAUGCAACUGUUAAUUCCAUAUGCGAGUCCUUCACAAGACGCCAAAGCUGGGACGCUCUUUCUCGAAAAUUCCAGUUUCUCGAAUUAAACGACCUCUUGGUUCAAAAAGUCCUGCUCAAAUUCCAGCAACCCGUUGAUGCCAAACUGGCUCUGGGGUUCUUCCACUGGUCGGCCAAGAGGAAAAAUUUCAAUCAUGGGUCUCAAUCCUACGGUAUUAUGAUUCAUAUUUUAGUGAAAGCGCGGCUGGUACUCGAUGCUCGAGCUUUGCUCCAGUCCAUAUUGAAGAAAAAUGAGGGGAACUCUUUUGAUUACUCUGUUGUAGACUCGCUAUUGGAUUCCUAUAAGGUGACUGGUUCAUCUCCAUUUGUGUUUGAUUUAUUGGUUCAGACUUGUGCUAAAUUGAGAUUGAUUGAUUUUGCUUUGUGUUUUUGUUCCCAUUUGGAGGAACGUGGGUUCUCAUUGAGUUUGAUAAGUUUCAACACUUUGAUUCAUGUUUUGGAAAAAUCUGAUGAGAAUCGUAAGGUUUGGAAAAUUUAUGAGCAAAUGAUCGGGAAAAGAGUUUACCCAAAUGCAAUUACAGUUAGAAUCAUGAUUAAUUCGUUAUGUAAGGAAGGUAAAUUGCAAGAAACUUCUGAUAUGUUGAAUAGAAUCCACGGCAGUCGUUGCUCUGCUUCUUUGAUUGUCAAUGCUUGUUUGAUUUACAGGAUUUUGGAGGAGGGAAGAGUUGAAGAUGGUGUAAUGUUGUUGAAGAGAAUGUUGCAGAAAAAUAUGGUUCUUGAUGACAUUGCUUAUUCACUGAUUGUUUAUGCUAAAGUCAAAACUGGGAGCAUAACAUCCACAUGGGAAGUGUUUGAGGAAAUGUCUAAAAGAGGGUUUCAGGCGAAUUCUUUCAUUUAUACCUUGCUCAUUGGUGUCCACUGUAGAGGGGGAGAGGUUGAGGAAGCACAUUGCUUAAUGCAAGAGAUGGAAAACAUGGGUUUGAAGCCAUAUUCUGAGACCUUUAAUCUUCUCAUUGAAGGGUGUGCUAUAUCAGGACAUUCAGAAGAAAUUUUGAGAAUGUGUGAGAAAAUGUUAGAAAGAGGGUUUCUUCCUAGUUGUUCAGUUUUCAAUGUGGCAAUAGCUAAGAUUUGUGAGGAAGGAGAUGUGAAAAAGGCUAAUGAAUUGUUAACCAUUUUAUUAGAUAAAGGAUUUUUACCUGAUGAAACCACUUACACCAAUCUAAUCAUAGGAUAUCGGAAAAGUGGUGAAAUUCUGGAGAUUCUUAAGCUUUAUUAUGAAAUGGAAGCUAGAUUGCUAUCUCCUGGGAUUUCAGUUUUCUUUGCACUCAUUGGGAGCCUUUGUCAAUCUGGGAGAUUGGAGGAAGCAGAGAAAUAUUUGAAGAUUGUGAAAGAUAGUUCUCUAACACCUAGUCUCUCUAUAUACCAGGCAUUAAUCUUGUUCUACUUGAAGAAGGGUAAUAGAGCAAAAGCUCUAGAACUGUAUAAUGAGAUGAUGUUUGAUGGAUAGAAGAUUAUCUGUUCUAAGCAUGUGCAGGUUUCAACGAACUGACACGUUCAUGUACCUCUCUUCUCUCGCAGAGUAAUUUACGUUCAAAGAAGCUACUCAAUUGAAAGGAUUCAAUUGAGGAGGUUGACCUUCGGUUAGAAUGGUGCAUUUGGUGGAUUGAUUGUUCCAUCAAUAUACUUGAACAACCGGCAAGCCUUAAGAAUCAGAGAAAUCUGGAAGUACUAAAGAACAUAAUUAGACAAAUCAAGAUGAACAGAUAGAUAUGAGAUUGCAAAUAUUCAUGAGAUGAAAUUGCAUUGAGGAGUUCUAAAAAUUCUGUUGAUCCGCCAUUACUAGCACAAAAUUCAGUGCAAAAGAGGAAGUUUUAUACUCGUCAUAACAAAAAAUACAAAAUAUUUUCCUUAAGAUGACCUGACGAUGUGAUGGUGCACUUUGUGAGUUGAAGGAACUAUUCUUGAAAAUUGGGUCAAUUGGCCAAAAUUGGGUGAAAGGAUAUUGAAUCUAAGGGAGCAGCCGAAAAAUAGGCAGCACAGAGACUCGUAUUGGGACCCCACAAAAGAGUGUCACAUGGUAGCACAAUGGUGUUAUUUUACUGAUCCAGGGUGCUAAGUAUCACUAUGUCAUUUGCAAUUAUAGCAAUUAGGGUUAAAAGUAUUAGUAAAUAUAAUAUAAGACAAAAAAAAAAAAAAAAAAAAAUUACAAUCCAGCUUCUGACCUCAAUCAAUAGUAAUUUGGGGUGUUGAGUUGAAAUAUAAUAUUUGCCGUUCAUAUAUUUGGGGAGUUCAUAUCUCUUUGUGUAGAAUUAAUUUGGUUUGAAUCCAUAUGUCUAUGAUUGGGGUAUUGCGUUGAGUUUGUAUAUCAAGACUAUCUGAUGCUAUUUUGUUAACUUUUCA